AUGUUUGAACUACCUCCAUUAUCUGGUGCCGUCGGUGCCACUGUUGAAUCUGGUGCUAAACUAACACCAUCCAUUAGACGUCCUAUUGAACCAGUUGGUAAAUUCUUCUUGCACCACGCUCAAAGAACUUUGAGAAACCACACAUGGUCUGAGUUCGAGAAGAUUGAGGCUGAAAAGAAUGUUCAAAACGUUGAACAGUCCAAUGUCGAUCCAGACGAGUUGUUGUUCGACACUGAGUUAGCUGACGAAAGUUUGUUAACUCACGACGCAAGAGACUGGAAGACUGCUGACUUGUACGCUGCUAUGGGUCUAUCCAAGUUACGUUACAGAGCCACUAACCAACAAAUUAUUAAGGCUCACAGAAAGCAAGUCUUGAAGUAUCACCCUGAUAAGACUUCUGCCUCUGGUGCUAGCUUAGACCAAGAUGGUUUCUUCAAGAUUAUUCAAAAAGCAUAUGAAACUUUGACUGACUCCAACAAGAGACCGCAAUAUGAUUCUUGUGACUUCGAAGCUGAUGUAGCUCCGCCAAAGAAGGGUACUAACUACGACUUCUUUGAAGCUUGGGCUCCUGUUUUCGAAUCUGAAGCUCGUUUCUCCAAGAAGAAGGAUGUACCAACUUUGGGUGAUAUGAACACUUCCAAGGAAGACGUUGAAAAGUUCUACUCUUUCUGGCACAGAUUCGACUCUUGGAGAACAUUCGAGUUCUUGGAUGAAGAAGUUCCUGAUGAUUCUUCCAACAGAGAUCACAAGCGUUACAUCGAAAGAAAGAACAAGGCGGCCAGAGAUAAGAAGAAGACUGCUGACAACGCUCGUUUGGUGAAAUUAGUCGAAAGAGCCAUGAACGAAGAUCCACGUAUCAAGCAAUUCAAGGAAGAAGAAAAGAAGGAAAAGGAAAGAAAGAAAUGGGAAAGGGAAGCCGGUGCUAGAGCCGAAGCUGAAGCCAAGGCCAAGGCUGAAGCUGAAGCUAAGGCUAAGGCUGAAGCGGACGCUGCUCAAGCCGCAUCUGCCAAGGUUGACAAAAAGAAGGCCAAGGAAGCUGCUAAGGCUGCUAAGAAGAAGAAUAAGAGAAGUAUCCGUAACGCUCCAAAGGAUGCUGAUUACUUUGGUGAUGCCGACAAAUCCACUACCAUCGAGGAACAAACUGGUUUGAUUGUCGACUCUUUGGACGACGAACAAUUGGUUGACGUUGCUGAAAAGAUCAAGAGUGAUACUGCUGCUGCUAAAAACAUAUUGUCUGAUGCAGCAAAGGCUUUGACUGACGCUGGGAAAUUACCGGCUGCUAUUGUCUCUUACUACUUAUAA